AUGGAUCUCGUGGUGCAGAUCCUCGCAACGCUCUUUCUGAAAGAGCCCUACCCGCCGAAGAUCCUAGUGCUGAAAGUGAAGAAUUUGAUAGCCGAGACGGGAAACAAGGCCCUGCAUACGAAUUGGCAAGAUCCGAAUCAUUCACUGAGCCAUAUUCUGAGGAAGAACAUGGUUAGGCCAUUCGUCAUGCUGGCUACCCAGCCCACGAUUCAGAUCAUGGCGUUCUACAGAGGCUACAUAUACGGCCUGAUGUAUCUCGUGUAUGUUGUUUAUGAUUCGGUCGCUACCAAUGAGUACCAUGCUGACGACAAUAAUUUGAUUUUCCAGCUUUCCCUUGGUUUUCGAAAUGUCUACGGCAUGUCCAUUGACGUAAGUCUUAACUACCUCUACCUAGCUGUUGAUCCGCUACAAUCACCCGGGCCGUCCCGAAUUCCGCAUCCCCUGAUGCUCCCCGGCGGCCUCUUGGUCCUCAUCGGCCCCUUCAUAUACGGCUUCACUGCGCGCGAGUCAGUGCAUUUCAAUACCUACGUUGUCGAUGCCUACACCACGUACGCGGCGAGCGCGACGGGUGCUUCGGCUCUCGUCAGAACCAUGUGCGGAUUUCCAUUUCCUUUGUUUGCAGGUGGAUUGUACGAAAAAUUCGGUAUCGGGUGGAGAAAUGGGCUGCUUGCGUUUGUUGCGUUAGGGUUGGGGAUCCCGUUGCCUAUAUUGUUUUGGAAGUAUGGAGAGAGGAUAAGAGCGAGGAGUACUUACUGUGCUGGGUAG